GCCUGUCUCGCAGCCUGGCAAUGCGCACACAAGUGCCUUUAUAAACCAACGCGAACCUCUUGAGCUCAUCAGUCUUCUCAACUCUCAACCCUCCAUCAUCAUAGGACGACGGAGCUGUCGAGGAGAAGGAGAGUGGAGACGAACCAGAGCAAGUAUAAUAUCAACAUUGUAGGACGUCAGAGGACGGCGGCAGACGUCAUAAUGAGAGCUAUUCUAUUACUGGCCUUGGCAGCCACUGCGUGGUCGCAGAGAAUUCUAUUCGACGAUGAACAGGGAGAAUGCGUUUCCGAUACGUUUGACACCUCACCGCUGAAGUUCGAUUUCCAACUGGAUGCCGCCAGCAUCGCCGCCAUCAUCGCUGCCACACCAGGCGGAUCCAUUGGACGCAACGUUGAAGGUUUCGGAAUUGCUGUCCCCACAGCCAGCAACUCUGACACAAGCGUUUCUUUCGGUGCAAGAGGCAGAACUCUGCGACGUCUCACCCCCAACGCAUACGCGGAUAACCUUGACGUCCCCAGAGGAACUUGCCUUGAGGACAGCGAUGGCAACUUUGUGGGGGUGUGCCUGGAUCAGAGGGCUAACAAGCGUUCCGAUGGCACAUUCGCCGGUUCCAACCUGCCCAACCCACGUACCAUCAGCGAGGUCGUCAGUACCAGCACUGGUGUGAUCGCCAGUCGCCGCAACCUGCACGAUCUCACUGGACACUUUGGUCAGUUCUUGGCUCAUGACACUACGUUGGUGCCAGAGGGUGGACCUGACGAUCAGUUUGAUAUCGUUGUGCCAGAGGGUGAUCCAGUAUUUGAUCCUGAAGGUACAGGCGAGCAGCUGAUGGGAUUCCGUCGUGCCAUCCGUGAGCUAAGAUGUACCGGUUCCAAUCCCCGUGGUACACUCAUCCCACCGACAGACGCCGAGCGUCCACGUGAGCACAACAACGAGAUCUCCAGCUUUAUUGAUGCCACCAUGAUCUAUGGCGGUACUAACGGACGUGAGGCUCUGCUGCGAUCCAACUCUCCAUCCAGACCAGGACAACUGAGUGUCAGUGCUGGAAACCUGCUGCCGUUCAACACCUUUCCCGCGAGCAAUGACGCCAACCAGGACAAUCCCCGCGGUGUUCCCAACGGUGAGCAGUUCUUCGGUGGUGACGUCAGAACAAACGAAGCACCCGGCCUUUCUCUCCUCAUCACGAUUUUCGUCCGCGAACAUAACCGCCUGGCCAAGCACCACGCUAUCUUCUUGAAGAAGUUGGGCAAAGUUGUAAAAUCUGAUGUUGUGUUCGCAUGGGCCAAGAAUAUGCUCAUUGCUGAGCUUCAGAACAUUGCCUAUAACGAGUGGCUGCCCGCUCUGUUUGGCGAGGAGUUUGAGGAGUUCACGGCGCACGACCCUACCAUCCAGCCCGACCUCUUCGCGGAGUUCUCAGCUGCCACCCGACGAUUCGGUCACUCGCUCAUCAACGGAUUCAUCCCCGUUGUCCUGGGAUUCAACAAACUGCGUGGCUGCCAUCGCGCUGAUCUUGCUACACAUUUGUUCAACACGGUGGCACUCAUCAACCGUCAAGAUGGUGGUAUUGAGCCUAUACUCCGUGGCAUCCUCUGCAUUCGCUCUCAGCAAAUGGACACAGUGGUCACCCCAGGUCUGCAGCAGCGUCUGUUUGCCGCCGAGGAGGGAGAGGCAGAGCGUGACUUGGUGGCACUCAACAUCAUGCGUGGCCGUGAGCACGGUAUUGCCGGUUACAACGAGAUCCGUGUUGCCCUCGGUCUGGAAAAACUGACCAAGUUCAGUGAGAUCAACCCCGCCGACCCCGAGCUUGUCCGUAGGCUCGUACUUGCCUACGGUGGCAACAUCGACAAUAUUGAUCUGUUCAUCGGCGCCCUUGCUGAGGCACCAGCCGCAGUGGAACACGGAGAGGGACAUGCUGAGUUUGGAGAAACCUUGAGAGCUAUGUUCAAGCUUCAGUUCCGCAACAUUCGCAACUCUGACAGCAGAUUUUUCAGCCUGGCAAUGACCAGCGCUUCCAAGAAGAUGCUGCCCUCGUUCGGUGACAUCAUCCGCCGCAACUCGCGCGUCUACCCCGCAAACCUCUUCCCCAGCCACUCCAUCUUCUUCCACCCUCUGUUCUGCCGCGCAGUCCGGGAGUUCCAGUGUGUGCCACGCAGCAACCGCAAGGAACAUCUGUUCUGUGACAAGGUCUACGAACUGCCUGACUUGGCCAACAGCACUCAACCCACACACCCCAGCCAGUCGUUCCCAUGGAGAUUGGCCGUGUAAAAUGUGCUUUGUCAGUGUCGUCAUCCGUGUCGCAUGACCACUAGACCCUGCAGCUCUGCAGCAGCUGCAUUGGCGCUUGCUACGCUAUUUGCCCCCUCCUCCUCCUCCUCUGUCACAUUGCACCAUUACAGGCAGUAUAGGGAGAUGGUUGUCUGAUCGAGACCUACACUCACCCAAGCUCAAUAUUCUCUACUUGGCCUAUAUCCACAAAAUAUCAUCACUUUCCCUAGUUCACUUUUUUCACUUUUUUAUUCACUUUUUUAGAGCUAGUCUCUACCCACGUUUUUAAAGCUCCUUUCGUGCGCAAGAAAACCAAUUUCCAUAAAAUCAUGAGUCAUGUGACGUUGCAAAACUAGGUACUAAUUUUCUUGCUGCAUUCAUUUCUAGUUGUUCUCUCCUCCAAGAUAACCUGCCUUAUAACUACCGGGUACAAUAAAUCAUCAAUUCAAACUAUA